AGCCGUACCGUGCGGUUGGCCUGCGUGUUGUUUCGGCUUGUAUUCCGUGCCCGUUUGCCGGAACCGGUUAAACUUUGUCAACUCAGUCCGAUUCGUGUUUCCCAGAGGCGCGUCGAUUUUGACAACGAGUCAGUCGAACGUGCUCCGACUCGAUCGCGUUACGGUUCGUACGUACGCACGGUGGACGAUCGCGUGUGACCAGAUAACGUAGCGCGUGUUCUAAGUGCGGCCAGCUUCCGCCCAUAAACAAACAUAAUCCCGCGACAACGUAGGCGAGACCGUUCGAACGCGAUCGGCAACGGACGUUGCUCCAAACAUCGCCCGCGGCAUAAACAAACGAAGACUGGUGGUUUACGCGGAACGGUGACAGAAUAUUGGCGUCGAUCACGCAGUGUAAACUCCGACGGGGAACGUUUGCCCUGCUCUUAUUCGCGAGGGCCGUUUGAUCGGUAAACUGCGAAAAACUGUGGACCACGCUCGAAGGAUUCUAACCCGUGGUUCGGAGUGAGUGAGAGUGACGGUUAGUGUGUAAACAGAGCGAAAAGUGAUAAGAGGGAAGUUUUCGUUUUUAUUUCUCUUUCAACGACCAAGAGAUAUCUCGCGAAGAUAUUUUUUCUGACGCUUCUGCUACCCUGGUCGAGGAGCUCGCCGACUAUUACAGACCGGCAGCAACUUCACGGCACUUCGUACACCGAGUGAUGUUUUGAAGCGUCAUCAGCCGUUAAGAUGAAGACCGUAAUCGCGUCGUGUCUCCUCCUCCUCCUCUCCGUCAGCGGUGUCCUUUCCGUCGAGUGGAAACACAGCGCUAUCUUGGACAAUAACUUCUUACUUCUUUGGACGCCCGACGAGACAGAUGUUCUGUUCGAGAUUCAAGCGAAGACCCUCGGCUACGUGAGUCUCGGUUUCACGAAGGAUGACGGCGAGCUUGGAACUGACAUGGUCAUCGGAUGGGUCGACAACAACGGACAGAUCCAUCUCCAGGAUCGCCACGUGAAGAACGCCAGCGGGGAUCCCCAAAUGGACUCGAGCCAAGACUAUUAUCUGCAACUGGGUUACGAGAACAAGACGCACACGGUUCUUCGUUUCAGCAGGCAAUACGAUACGUGUGACCUGCGGGACCUCAAGAUCACGAACGACACGAUGAGAGUGGUGUGGCAGUACCACGUGGAGGAGCCAGUGUCUGUGACCGGAAGGCUGCCAGAGCAUGGGGCCGUACGGGGAUCGAGGCCUCUGUAUCUGGUGCAGGGUGGUGCUCAGACGAAGCAAAGCACCCGCAACCAAGAAGCCGAGGAGUCGCUUAAAACGUGGGACAUAUUCAACCAGCAGGUUUCUUUGUCAGACAUAAAGGACCCGUUGCUCCGGCGCCGCUUCGUCAAGAUACCAAACGUCGAUCGCAAGCAACACGUCGUCAAGUACGAGCCGGUGAUACAACCCGGAAAUCACAAAUACUUGCAUCACAUGACGCUGUACGAGUGCCGCGGAGAUCCGGCGGAAUUGGAAGCUAUCGUGAAUACGUACGCCAGUGUUUCCAAUCUGUUGUCUCUUCAGUGCAACACGAUCGCGGCUAUCUGGAGUGUGGGCUCUGAGGGCUUCAAUUACCCGCCGGAGGCCGGAUCGCCGAUAGAUCCUCACUACGGGCCGCAUUACUACAUGCUGGAGACACACUACACGAAUCCGCAGAUGGACUUGUUCAUAAGCGACAGCUCCGGCCUGCGUCUGUAUUAUACGGAUCGGUUGCGCAUUCACGACGCAGGCAUUCUGAGCAUUGGCAUCGACCCGAACUGGAGGCACAUCAUCCCGCCAGGUCAGCCAGAAGUGAUCUCCGAAGGUCAUUGCAUCUCGGACUGUACCCGGGAGACCAUUCCCAACAGCGGCAUCAACAUAUUCGCCGUCACCAUGCAUACUCAUCAACUCGGUAGGAAGGUCCGAUUGCGUCAGAUAAGGCACAAAGAGGAACUGCCACCCAUUGCGUCUGACACCAAUUACGAUCCUAGCUAUCAGGAGUAUCGGAAGCUGCAGAAGCCCGCCAGGGUCAAUCCGGGCGAUUAUUUGAUAGCGGAGUGCACAUACUCGUCGGAAUCCCGGCAUACAAUGACGCUGGGCGGUCAGGCGACGAGGGAGGAGACGUGCUUGGUGUCCAGUCUUUAUUAUCCGCGCAUCGAACUGUCCCUCUGCUACUCCCUGCCCUCGUUACGUACCGUUCUGGAGAGUUUGGGGAUCCAGAAGCUGACACCGGGCGUGACGCCGGUGACGAUUCAAAAACCGGCGAACCUGGCCAACAUGACGCUGGAGAAUCGUCUGUUGAGCUACGACUGGAGCACCAAUUUCCAAACCUUCCAGCGAGUGACACGAAGAGGCACGUUCAAGCCGCUGUGCUCGACCAACAAGGGACCGCUGAAGGACACGGAGAACCUGGAGGUGCCCUAUCCGACGAUCCUGGCGCCGUUCGAGGAGCCCAGCGUGCCCUGCUCGAAGAAACCCCUCAGGAACAACCUGUCGAUAUUGCUCAGCGAGGACGAGGACAUCGGGGCGCCGAUGGAUCCUGACAGCGACGAGACAAACGCCGUAGAACGGGGACAAUUGGUGCGCAGCAAAGUGUCCCGGAGCAGCGACGGUCCCACGGCCGGAAGUUCCUCCGCCAGGCCGGUUUCCGUGGCGCUGAUGCUCGCCGUGGCGACGGUGGUCGUCGGCGCGGCGUUCAGGUGAACGCUGGCACGUCGUCUCGACGCCGAUCGACCGACGAAUCGGUCGACACUGUUUAUCUAGGACGGCCGUUUUAUCGAGAUGCAUGUAAGUACGCGUCAGUGUACACUCUGACGCGUCGCUUAGGGUAAAUAACUGUUGUCGUUCGUCGGUCGUUGAACGAGGACGGGUUUCGAGCGUCGUGCAAAUGUUUCUUUUCGGUCACGAACUGAUCACGAUUCGUCGAUAUCCGCGGCGCGAUGAAACGCGACGAGCCGGGCGUGUUAUUCACGGUUUCGAAUGGAAUUCGAUUUGCCAAAACGUACUUUCGUCCGGCGAGAUCGAGAUCGAGGCCGUGCUCGUUCGACGAUCGAGACCACCCCUUUUCGCGAUCUCUGUUCGUGCACUAUUGUUAUGAUGUAUCGCGUGUGCCCGCACAGGACGGUCGUUGGAUAUCUUUCGGUUCCGAACGCCCGAGUCGGGAGGAGGUUUCUUUUUUUGUUUUAGAUCGGUCUAAUUUCACUAGCGGACAUCGGCGAACGAAACUGUACGGAACAAUAAAUGUAUAAAUAUAGCUAUCGAUGUACUAGCAGGAAUGGACGACGCGAAUUCGAUUUACAAGAUUCGUUCCCUUCGUUCGAAACGGAGGCGAUUAAUAGAAUUAAGCGGGGAAGGGAACGAUCUUGGAUGGAAUUCUGAUUUGGUAUCGACGAUGCUGGAGCAUUUUUUUACAGCUCCUUGGAACAGAAACGUCGAUACGAGGAUCGCAAUUGCAGAGGCCCUUUCGUUACUUUCUUCUGUGUACACAUAUCCAAUCGACGCGUAUCACGUCGCGCUAAGUAUAAUACGCAGGAUCGACGACGAAAGAGUACGUACGUUUGUUUAAAUCUUAGUUAAGCUUGCUCGCGUUCUCCACGGCCACAGAGAAGGAACAAGAAGACACAAGUUUCUAGUCCAUUUAGGCGAGCAACGGGUCGUGGCUUCGAACUCGCUCGUCGUUCUAUAAGAUAAGAACAGCUCGCGUCGGAGCUAUUCGGUGCUUGGCCUCUUCUUUUUUUAGCAGUUAACGAUCUCGAACGAAAGAUAUCCACGGUACGAUGACGCGGUAUCCUGUCGAUCGAGUGGAAUUAUUAUAUUUUCGAGACUUCGGGCUCGCGAGAAUUUAUAUUGUUGGCUGUUUAUUUCUCGGCACGGGGACAGGGCGAAAAACGUCGACGGAUUCGAUCUCUUUCGCUUCAGAUUAAAAUCCCAUCGUUUUCAGCAAGGGACGAGAAACGCUUUUCCUAAUAAAAUAUUUACACGCGAUUCUCAGGAACGAUCGAACGAUUGCUGAUCAAAAUUGAACUAUCGAUCGAUUCCGAGGAUCGAUUGCUUUCGGAUGGUUCAAAUUAAAUCUCGAAUCUUCUAGUUUGAAAAGGGCAACGCGUUUCGUUCGGUCCCCGGCCAAGUCUGUAUAUUCUGUUACUAUUAGAACUACGGAUAGGUGCGUUUUUUAACGGAGACCAUGUAAACGUUGGUUGAUUCCCACGAAGACGUCCAGUCGAUUCCGGGCGAUACAAUAUCGCAAUGGUUGACAUCGUGUCGCUUGACCAACGUUUGUAUGCGCGCAACCCCCGGCGGUCCUUUGUAAUAUUCUGUACAGUUUAUUAAGUAUAAUGUUGUUCGCGCUACCCUCGCGAUUAUUUAUUUUUUAUUUAAUUGUAUAGAGUUACUUGCCACGUUGACAUUCUGUUUCACUGCGCGCGAGUUCGCGUUACGCGACAGGAAACGUAGGUUCGGUUUCUUGACGCGUCUCUUCUAAAGAGACAUUUUUCGGUCGAAUAGCGUUCGAGUGCUUUGUAUCGGGUCCGAUUCGAACCCUGAGAAUACAUUCGAGAAUUCACACCCGAAGCUUGGAUUCGGAACUGAUUUUGUUUGGACGGAUCAAAUACGAAAAUUUAGCAUUUUUAAUCGUGAAAUUCGGGUCGCGGAAUUCUUUUUAUACGACUGAGGUCCUCACGAGCAAACCUCGAUACUUGUAGUAUAUUUUGCAGGAGAGUAUUAAUUACAAAUAAGACUUAAGACGUUCUGAAUCACAUUGGUGUUAUGGUGUCGCAGGAUCCUGAUGAAAGGUAAAUUACAAACAAAGGGAGGAAAUAAAAUUAAACGGAAUGAAAUUUCACGCCGCGCGUUUUCUCUUAUUUGCCGUUGCUCUCGCGUUGGUCUAAUGUUGUCUUGUGCAAUUACAUAGACACUCGUGUGUACACUUCGUUAAUUAAAAAGUUUUAAUCACUAUACACGCACGUAACUUUCGUGUGAUUUGUUAAAAUGUUAGAUUACUUAAAAAUUUCUAUGUAUCGUACUGCUCCACAUUCUCCGAAACUAUUGUUGGCUCCGUCUUGUAACACUUCCAGCGAUAAAAACACGACGUUCGGCUACGUGUGCAGCAGAAAUAGAGACAGAAAUAGUGUUCGAACAAAUAUUUUACUGCUUUCGAUUCCAAGUUACCUAGACGCGUUGUAAUUCGAAGGACAAUACAAGUUACAUAAUAUCACGAAGAAGUUGCGAAUUUCGAUUCGAACCAUACAACAAAUCAGUUCGCGAUGAAAAUUCGCGGGACACUUGUCGCUGCGACGUUCCUCGAACACCGCAAUCCGAUCGAUUCCAUCUACGGAUGACACAUACUUUCGUUUCUUUGCGUAACGUUUUAAAGGGGUGCUGUUCGACGGAGAAUACGAAUUUUAUCGAAAAAAAAAAGAACGAUCAAUAACGACCAAUUUUGUCGAAUACUCGUAACGAAUGAAAAAUUUCCCAGAGCUUCACGGUAUCAAAACACUCUACGAACCGCGUAGUUUCGUUCCACUCUUAUUCGAGACAAUACAAAAAAAUUGUUUCAGACGAAUUAUUCACGAGAGGAGAACGAUCGUUUUCACGAUCAGCCGAUCAGCACGGUUUGCAAAAAGCGUCGCGAAGGUACUCUCGCGAGAUAUUUUCCCGCGCAAAGGAGCUCGAGUUGCGGAUUAAUUCAUUCUCGAUUCCUCUUUCCGCCCUAGCCCGCGUUGUACGCUCCCCGAAGCACCACUUUAAGUACUUAAAAUAAAGAAAAAAAAGAAAAUUGAGAAAGGAGGGCUCUGUCUUGCCCUCUCGCUUUUAUAGAAAUAAAGCAAAAAAAAAAAAAAAAAAAAAAUGGCAUGCAUGAUGGCGUGCAACGAGAGGACUUACGCCGAAGUACCGCGAUCGAUAAGCAGCACGUUGUAGUCAAGAGUCCCCUAACGCGCGCACUUUUCCUGAAUUCCAUUAGCAUCGAGGAAAACGCCUCGACAAAGCGUCGAGGAAUCGGCGAGGCCUGCCGAACGAUCGCGUCCAGUUGGUAAAAAAACAAAUUUCACGGGGAAAUACACGUUUUGAUUCGCGGAACAAUUCGUCUCGCGGUCGUCAAUUAAAAUCCAAGCUCAGCAUUAUUCGCGAAUAGAUUUCGCGCGCCGACCGCUCGGACUAAAUCGGCGACCGGCUGUCGAUGAUGAAGCUCUCUCCCUAGCGUAGAAUUAAAGAAGAGAAGAAAAAAAAAAAAAACCUCACGUAGUCGACUAAUCGGUAAUAAUAAACGCGUAGCCACGUUUUACAAUUUAAUACUACGAUAACUCGUAAGUGUCAUAGGGGAUCUGUAUGUGUAGAGACCGUAGGGCAAUCGAACGACUUAUCUUGCCACGAGGAAAACGCUUUAGGCGCUAAACGAGGUCCGUUCCUUUCGGCCAUCGUCGUAACUCGUCGAACUGCGAAUCGUCGCUUCGAAGUACUUUCCGUUCCGGUUGUUCCGUUCUCAUUUUCCUUUCUUUCGAGAUUUCGUUUCUCCUUUUUUCUUAUCUAGGCGAACGGUACUCAUCGAAUCAGCAUACACACACAGAGACAGGAAAUAUACCGGUACUCGUAAGGUAGGAAAACACUGAAAUAUAUUCGGGAACGUGGUAAUCGACCGACGGUUCGAAGAGAGAGAAACGAACAACGGGGACGAACGCUCUCGAGAAUAGGUUCGAACGAGAAACCCGCCGCUGCUUUUCUUUCCCUCGAAUUUCUCCGCUGCGUGUACGUAACCGUACGAUCCGCCGCGGGAUAAGCGAUGAUUUAUCAUCGACGAAGGAACUCGUUAUAAUCGGCCGCGCGAGAGGCAACGACGAAAAGUCGUUCCGUGACUUCUCUUCCGCGGGGCCGCGAUGUCGACGCUGAUUUCAGUCACGGCGACGCCGUUGUCACGACUAGGGGGGAUGGGGUGUGUGGGUGGUGAUAGGAACCUGCCGGUGAUAUGACCAGAACAAUCAAGCAAAGUGUCACAAAGUAAAUGUCAUUUAUGCUGGAGUAAUUACGUUAGGUACAAUAGGGAACGGAGUAUUACGCAUUUAUACUGAUCGAUCCGUGCAUCGUACGUUCUAUAGCCGGACUCGUUUUCGCGCCGAGGAUCCUGGCGCCCAUCCGGGCCUUCCCCGAGACAUUCGAACACGCAUUGUACAAAAAAAAAAAAGAGGAGACUCGCGUUCGAAGAUCGAAAGAGAGAAAAACAACGAGCAGUACCUGAACGCGGGAGGACUGCGAACGUCGCGGGACGAGAUCGAUAUCUCGAAAUACCGUCGAUUAGCUCGCGGUGGGUAUUCAGCGACACGCGUGUGUGCCCAUUAGAGGCGCGUGGGAUGGUAAAUAUCGGGGAUCCGUUCGAAAUAACCGCGACUCGUAGAGGGAUGGUGUUUAACGGGAACACGGCGGGGGGCCAGGUGAUCCGGGGAAUGUACGUACUGUAUUUAGGAAAGAUUAGAGAACGAUGCACCGUUGACCCGUUAGCCGAUAUGGGUCGCGGGUAGAGGCAUAAAUGCGAGUGGGUAAAGGAAUCGAGCGAAUAUAGCGUGUGCGUGUACAUAGGUACCCCUGUAUAUAGGUUUUAGAUUUAAAUUACGUCCCGGACUCUUUAUAGGCACCUACACUCGGAAUUCAGGUAGCUCGCUAAAUAGUAUCUUGUAUCUUUAUAAUUUACGUGUAACCGUGUUUAAAAAGAAAAUAUAUAAAAGGAAAAAAAAUGAAUUAAUAAAGAAAAAACUGUAGCGACGUGCACGGGCGCGCGUUACGCGAAUAAACGCGCGCACGCGGACGUGUCGUACGCAUACCUACCAGGCGCCCUGUCCUUCCAUACCGCUCUUAGAUUUAUACCUAAUUUACACUGGAUAUUAACGUCUAAACGCUACACUAUCAU